GACGGGUUCGGGGCAGUAUAUCUAGGGUUUUCUUUCAACUUCCAAGUGAACGGCCAGCCCUCCAGUCAUCUUCAAGUUUACCACUACAUAAAUACUUACAUACCAGACACAACCCAGCGAGAAUGGAGCCACCGAGACCUAGCGCAUUAGAGCAGAAACCAGAGCUUAUAUCUCAAGCAGAUUCGAUCAUCCGGGGCUUGCAAGAACUACGGAAGUUCGAAUUCUCUUGGUCAGACUCUGACCCUGUUCUUACAGCUACGUCUCUCCAUCAACUGCGCUUGGAGAAAGACGGCCUGUGUUGGUUGGAGUCAAGCCUUCUACCCCAACUCCAACGACAAUGCGCCAGCCUAUCAGGAGCGUUGCGCGACCCAUCCCACUUACGAGAAGACGCAGCCUCAACCCUCAAAUUCAUCUUAGAGAUUCAAACCAAUCUUGCUCAAAUCUUGUACAAGACGAUAGGGGUGCUUGAUGGAAUCUUUCCCGGAAAAAUCCCCGAACCCCACGAGACCAAUGACCAGCACUUUGGAGAACUCAAAAUUUAUAGGCUCUACUCUUUCAAUAAGUCCUUCAGAGAAGAUGUGAAGAAUCACCUCAACAAAUUAUUUCACGAGUUCAUUUUUAUCCUUGAAGAAUUUAAGCUCUCAAGAGAAACAUCUCUGAAUUUCAUCAAGUAUUUGUUGUUUGAUAGCGACCAAGCAUUCGAUCGAACCAUCGGUUUUCUAAAAGGCUCCGAAUUGAGUUUUAUCUGGGAUCUUUGGGAGAAAGUGAUACCUCAGUAUGAUCUAGAGUUUGAAGGACUAUCAAUCCAAAUGGGUCCGAUGAGAUACUACGAAGCAGAAAUCAAUCCCUUGAGCCGACCAGUCAUCGACCUCGGUACACCGUUCAUGGCGAUCUUUAAACUAUCAAGAUCAUUUUUCAAGAAAUUAUGUCGAGAAAGAAUCAAUAAGGAAGAGCUUGAAUUGUUUACCGAGAUGUGCUCGGAUCAACUGUUUUCUUUCAAUCGAUCGACCAGGGGCGUCUAUGAAUCUCUUUCAAAUUUGAAGUUUGCAAUUGGCCACGCUGAUGAAUACGACCGAAUCAAUACUAGCUCUACUCUCUUAGAAGAACUCCAAAACCUCAAGAGCUAUUUCCAAAACUUUCUCUAUCUUAUCAACCUCUAUAUCCUUCCCAAUCUGUUCCCAAAAUUGACUGAUUUCCCAUCUAAAAUUUAUUUCCAAAAUUGGUUUGUUACUUGGAACACUUCAUUCCUUACAGUUACCCAUGAGGCUAUCCGACUUGCCAAAGCAUUUCAAGAAUCUUAACUCCAUAAUUUUCCAAUGUUGUUUCCUUUUUGGUUUCGUUGAAGAAAAUAUCCCUGCAGAUUUUCAUUGUAUCAA